AUGAGGUGUUUCGAUUUGAUCAGAGACAUAUUAGGUGGGAUAACAGCUCCAGGUGUCACAGUCUUCAUUCCAGUGACAGCAAAUAUAUCAGUUGCUUUCAUGAGGGAUUUCAAUAUUGGCCAUUUACAGGAGUUUUUAGUAACUAUUGCUAUAUGCUAUUUUUGCAUUGAUUCCAGUCAGAGGAUUAAGGAUUUGGGGGAAAUCAUUCAAGGGACAGCUUAUGAUAUGGAUUGGUAUGAAAUGGAUAAAGAAAUUACUAAAGAAUUCAUUAUAUUUCUUAUGAAGCUCCGUAGGCCUCUCGAGAUAAAGACAAUAUUGUUCGUCUUAGAGAAGCCAUUCUUUCUUUCGAUGUUGCGUAGCAUGUACUCUUUCUUCACGUUGAUGCUGAAGAUGAAUUGAUCCCUUAUCUCUAUGAAACUAUGAUCUGAUAGUAUGC